AUGGUCUCCCCCGAAUUCACCCAAACCUCCGCCGCCAUCCUCUCCGCGCUGACCUCCCUCGGCGGCGCCAUCGGCUACGCGCGCACGGGUUCCAUCCCCUCGAUUGCUGCAGGUCUCUCCGUCGGCGCAAUUUAUCUGUUCAGUAUGAUUCGGCUACGCAAUGGGCAAUCUUACGGCGAAGAACUGGGUUUGUUGGCUUCGACUGUGCUGGCUGGCUCGUCGGUGCCGCGCGCGUUGAGACUACGGAAACCGGUGCCGAUUGCGUUGAGUUUUGUGGCUACGUAUGGUUUGGUGUUGUUUGGGUUGGCGUUUAGGGAUAAGAGGGCGAGUCGCGUUUGA